AUGGCACGUCAACAAUCCAAAUUACCUAUAAAAUCGUUUGAAUAUUCAGAACUUAUUGAAAAUUUUCUUUAUCUUGGUAGCAGUCAAACAUCAAAAAAUCUGGAUGGUCUUCAUUCAUUAAAAAUUACUCAUAUUGUUAAUUUAGCUGGUAAAUGUCAUUAUCCAUCGGAAUUUACUUAUGGUACAUUUCAUAUAGAAGAUGGUUUAUCAAAAACUAAAUGUGAAAAAAAUCUUCCACUUAUUGUUCAAUUUAUUGAACAAGCUCGUCAAGAAAAAUCUUCAAAUCGUGUAUUAAUUCAUUGUCGAGCUGGAAUGAGUCGUACACCAUUCAUAGCUAUUGUCUAUUUAAUGCAUUCAAACAAUAUGACAUUAAUUGAUGCAUUUAAUCUUGUUAAAAAAUGUCGACCACAAAUACGUAUUCAUGAAGAACAUUGUAAAGUAUUAUUAGAUCUUGAUAAAUCAAAUAGUUGUACAUUAGAAUUCUUAAUGAAUUGA